GAAACUGAUACAAACCUUUUUAAAAGGGGGGACUGGAGGCAUAGAGGAGCUGUGGGACGGCUGGCUUUGGCCAGAGCAGUUCUGCUGUGGGGACGGAGACAGGUGGUUUGGAGCUCUCCUGGGAAGAGCACAAGAGAAUUCUGAGUGAAGCCACAGAAAGAUGAGCUAUCAUGGCUGAGUCAUUAAGUGAAGUGUCCAGCAGUAUGGAAGGUUUGGAAGUCACAGAGGAAGGAAAGAAGAAAUCUAAGUUUAAAGCCUUUAAGAGCUUUUUUGGCAAGAAGAAGAAGAAAGAACCAGAAGAAGUCUCAGAAGGAACAAUGCUAAAGCCAAGGUUUUCCAGCAGCAGUGUUAGUGUGUCUUCUCUGCAGCCAGUUCUAGAAAUGCAAGUGAUGGAGCCCAUGCCCAAGAGUGGCAUGGGAGCCAAGGCCAUAUCCCACGACAGUGUCUUCUGUGCAGAUCCUGAGCCUGAAAAAGCAUUAGACAAGCCACACUCUUCUCCAGAGCCCCAGAGAAGCAGAUCACUAAAGAGAUCUCCUAUUUCCAGAACUUUGCCUAGAGUCUCAGGAAGUAGUGCCCUUGGAGGUUUGAGUGGAUCUGGGGAUCACUAUUCUUCCAGCAGUGGAGCCUGGGCUUCAAGCUCCAAAUUUACUGAGAUCCAAUCCCUGCGCUCACGGAGACUCAGCAUUAGCCCUCUUAUCAUCCGAUCUGAGAAAGUCUCUCAGGACUUGGAAAAUCUUUUUGCCAGUGACAGGACACCCAAUAGCUCCAGAAGGAGGUCUUCACACGAUUCAACAUCAAGAAAGAGCUUCUCUGAAUUGUCCUCGGAUCCUGAGCUAUCACAGUCUUCUGAAAGCAGCAGUCAGCAGCCCUCGGGUUUCAGCACCCCAGCCACCUCACAGGGCUGCUUGGAUUCUUCUGCUGCUAAAUACAAGAUAGCUUUAAACCCCAGGAAGCAGAAGAAGAAAACAAGUUUCUCGUCUGUGAAAGGAAAGCAGGAAGAACAACUCUAUUCCGUGCCAUCCAAAGAGAAGACUACAACCAAGAUAAAACAAGUUGAGCAAAAGGAGCAGAGACUGGACAAUACAGGACUCUCAAGCCAGGAACAGAGCUACAAAACCGAGACUCAGGAGACAACAAUAGAUGAGACUCUAAGUAAUGACGCUGCCUUAAGCUACUCUAUUUUAGGACUCCAUCCAAGAAGACGUAGAAGAAGGGCCAAAAAUGAGUGGGGGAUCAUAGAGAGAGGCCUUCUAAAAUCCACUCAAGGGUACAGCAGCCUGAACGCUAAAGCUGAGUCUUCAGCUAAGCAAGAGGUAGCUGGUGGGGAGCACUCUUUCUUGCAGUUGCUCCAAGAGAAGAAAGGCACGGGGCAGCCCACAACUACAGAAGCAGAAAUUACUAGUCUUCAGGAGAUGCCAUCAGAUAAGGGGGAUGUGGAAAUGGAAAAGUCUGAGAUAGAUGUUGAAGCUGAAAGAGCUUUGCAAUCUACAUCUACAGAUGUGGCAGAGUCUGCGAUUAGUGGUCCACCAUCAUGCUAUGAAAUUGUCUCUUCUGAAGGCAAGAAGAAAAAGGAUAAAUCUGCUGUGUUGCCGUGGAUAAGAAGAUCUCCAAGCCAAGAAGAGGCCCAAGUGCAUAUGCAUCCUUCUCAAGUCUGUGAAGAAGAGGAAGAAGCAUCUAGUCCUGAUUUGCAAAGGUUUCAAUCCCAAAUGGAGUUAUCCUUGGAGAGCAUAACUUACCACAAAGAGAAGCAUCUCAGAAGUGGUCUCCGGUCCUUUUCUGCAAGUGUUUCAAGUGCUACUGCAGAAGAUGAUUCUUCUAUACAGACAACACCUCUUCCUCUCAGAAGGUGGCCAAACACAGGAGAAAUCUCCUCAGAUUCAAAGAGUACCUCAGAGUAUGAGAGUAGUUCUGAAAUGCAACCGAGUCCUGCAGAGUCUUUCCAGCCUACAUUGAAGCCUAAAUAUGCUGCUACUGGUACUGCUGCUGACGAUGAUGAUGACUAUGACGAUGAUAAUGACUACGACGACGACGAUGAUAAAGAAGAUGAAGAUGAUGAAGAUGAAGAAGCCAAUGAAGAAGAAGAUGAUGAUGAUGUCUUCCUCAAAUCAGAAAAUGUAGAUGUAGAACUGAGCAAGAUGGAGCAGCAGCAGCCUCUCGGGUAUUCUUCACAACCAUUAGGAAACCCCAAAGCUCCAGAAGCCCCCUCAGAGCUAGAGAGCUCUUCAGAAGAUGAGAGAGCUUGUGAGGAAAUGACAUCUGCCCACUCUUCCCAGUCCUUGGAGGAGUUUGAAGAAUGCUCAGAGUCACGAAGUUUCACCAGAGGUUCCAUCUCUGAAGAGCAGUCAGCUCCCAGGUGCCGUUCCCCGUCCUUGCAGGAGGAGUUGGAGGAAAAGGAACUCUCCACAGAGUCAAGUAGUUAUGUUGAGAAGUACCACAGUUCCGAGGAUCUGAGCAGUUCAGAGGAAGAGCAGCAAGAGGUGUCCCCAGUUUCAAAGAGUUCUCUAAAACAGUGGAGUGCUCCUGCCAAGUCAGUGCGUCCCAUACACACUUCUCCACCGGUUGUAAGUUCAACUACUCCACAACAACCUCCCAUCAUGGUGAACAUUUCUGUAGGACCAAGCAAACCUGUAGAGCCACUGCUUCCCAGCCAUACUGCCAAGUCAUGGUUGAGCCCUCAGUCUGAACAUCAAGUGUUUUCAGAGCCAGAAGGCACUGCUUCUGACUGGGACAUUUUUAUGCAGCCAGUGUCCCCUAGAAAGGCUUUGAAGGGGUACUAUGUUGAGCAAAAUGUCUCCUCCAGUUCGGACAUUGUAACCAUGGAAGAGGGGGCUUCUAUGGAGGAGGUGCAUCUUAGGCACCAUUCUCAGCCCCAAACCAGGCCAAGACUUGAGCAAGAAGUUUCUGCAGGGCCAGAACUUAUUAUUUUUGAGGAGAGUAUUGAUGCACAGCCUUCAGGAUAUCCUCCCCAGUCUUCAGUGAGACCAAGCAUCAAGAAAGACAUAUCAUUGGGUGCAGAAAGUGCUGCAUUUGAGGGGAGCACUUCCUUGGAGUCCUCACCUCCCCCUCCCCCUCCUCCUCCUCCUCCCCCUCCUCCUCCCCCUCCUCCCCCUCCUCCUCCUCCUCCCCCUCCUCCCCCUCCUCCCCCUCCUCCUCAUUCUCAGCCAAUAUUGAAACCCUACAUUCAGCAACAGGUAUCUGCUUUUGAAAGAAGUGUUUCUAUGGAUCCAAAGCUUCCGACACAGUUCCAGCCAUGGAUGCAGCCUCAAGGAAAGCAAUCAUUUUCUUCAUCUCCAGAGAACACAGGAUUUGAAGGGAGCACUUCUGUGGAGCAUAUGACUCUGACCCUUUCCCAGCCUAUGUCACAGCCUUGUCAAGAAGUGCCUUUAGAAUCUGAGACUGUUGCUGCUAAAAUGAUGUCCAUGGGCCAACUGCACCCCAAAUAUUCUGCUCAGCCCUUACCAAGUCAUCAAAGCCAACCAGUCUCAGAAAGCACCUCCGUAGAAGGUGCCAUUUUAGUGGAGCUACUGCCUCCUCAGCCUUCCGUGAAGCCCAAAUUCCAGCCACCGAUGACCCAAGAUCCAGUGAGCCCUUCCAUCCAAUGGAGCAGCCACAUGGAGCCAACAUCUGCUAAACAUGUCUUCCAAACACAAGCAAAUCCUAAGUUUAAGCAACUCCCUGUAAGUUCCAAUAGCCCUGAGGCCCAAGGGAGCAUGUCUGUGCAGCUAGUUUCUACCAGAUGCCCUCCACAGCCAUGGCUGACCCCUACCUUUGAGCAAAUAUCUGUACCCCCAGGCAGUGUUCCUGCUGCAUGGGCCAUUCCUAUUUAUUCACCAGCUCCGAGCAUGCCUUCUCAGCCCUUGAUCGGAUCAGUAGUCAAACAGCCAGCUGCCAGAGGACCCAUGAACACAUCUGUACAACAGAUUCUCACUGUAGAGCCAAAGCCUUCCAGGUACUCUUUGCAGUCAUGGCAGAGCACUCCGUUGGAACAAGUCUCAGUACCCCCAGACCAUGCUGCUGCUUCAUGGAGCAUCCCUAUUGAUCCACCAGCUCCCAGAAUACCUUCCCAGCCCUUGAUGGGAUCCGUUUUCAAGCAACCAACCUCUACCGAGUUAGUGAAUGUUUCUGUGUCACAGAGCAGCUCUCGGGAGCUACUGCCUUCCAGAUUCCCUGUCCAGCCAAGAGCAGAUCCAGAGCACUAUGUCCCAGAGGAGGGAGUUACUACAUUGAGGAGGCCCAGAAGACAGCAUUCUCAGCCCUCAGUGAUCUCAGAAAUCAAGGAAGAAGUUUCCUCAGGUUCUCUGAGAGCUUCCAGAGAACAGAGCAUUUCUAUGGAGACAAUCCCUUCCAAAUAUGCUCCUCAACCAUGGUUGGGCCCUGAAUUUGAGCAGCAAGCCUCAAGUUUAGAAAAUGUUGCCAAAGAGGAGAAUGUUUUGACGGAGGCCUGGCUUUCGGGACAUCCAUCUGAAAGCAUUAUCAAACAUAAAGUUGAGAAAACACCCUCAGGCUUUGAGAGUACCUCUGUGGAGGGAGGCAUGCCUUGGAGGCCAGUGCCCCCCACAUGUCCCACCCCAUUGUCAAUAAGAUCUAAAGUUCAGGAAACGUCCUGCCGUCUAGACAGUGCUACUGCUCAAGACAGCUCCAAGAAAUCACAGAAUAUCAGGUCAUCUUCCCAGUCCUUUGUGAAGUUCAUGGCACAGCAAGUAUUUUCAGACAGUGCUACCAGUGAAAUGGACACUUAUGCAAAGCCUGUUACUGCUCGGGGGCGAAGCCGUCCUUCCAGAUCCUUGUUGAAGCCUAAACUCGAUGAGCAUGUUUUCUUAUAUAACUGGGAUGAUGAUGAACCCAAGAAAGACACCAAAUCAAAGAAUCUGCCCACGAAGCCACCUUUUCAGUCAUCCAGAAGGCCUGAAGAGCCUCAAGAAGUUUUGGCACUUUCUGAGGGUGUCCCUGGAAAGUGGAACACUUCUGUCAGGGAUGUCUCUCAGUCCCCCGGGAAGCCCGAGUACAAGCAGAAUGUCUCAGUUUCUGCCAGUUUUCCUGAUGAGUGGAAAAGGUCGGAAGGGCAGCUGCCUUCCACACAGCCUUCUCAAGCCUUUGAUGUAGCUGAGUUGCAGCCACCGAUUUUAUCAGCAGACUCAGCAAAUGUUCCUGUGGAGUGGAGAAUUCCUGAGGGCCAUCAGCCUCCUGGUCAGCCUCCUCAGUCUUACUUGAUUACUGACUAUCAGCAGCAGGGUUAUGGAAGCUCUCCCAAUGCGGCAGCAGAAGGAGCCAUUCCUGAGAAGAAUAUUGCCUGCUGGGCCAUGCUGAAAGGCCCAGCUUCAACAAAAAAUGUGAACUAUGGACAAGGCUACAGGGACUUGACUAAAAGCACCUCAACUUCUGGUACCAAACCUGCCAAGUUAGCUUCUGCUCCUGCCCAGAAAGCAUUUGUUUCCAUGGGCGCUUAUUUUAAGGAGGAGCUUCCUCAGUAUUGUGAUGUAAGUGGAAAUCCUUCACUCAUACCCACCACCAAGGGUGAUGUCGAAAAUGUUUUUGGAGUGCGGCUGCGAAAAAUCUCUCAGAAGAUUGGAAUGGAGAAUCCAGAUCCAUGCGAGUCAUUUGCUCCAGUUUCACCGGUAGUAAGCAAAGAACAGGCAGACAAAGGAGCUCUCCAGGACUCAGAAAGAGGCCCAGAGAAGUCCAGCACAACAUUUAACUUGGAGGAGAAGCAAGGGAACAGGCCCAAAUAUGAAAGCAUUUGGAAGAAGCCAGCAGUUUACAGGCCUCCAGACAAGACCUCUAGUUGGAAGGCAGAUAUCUCUAUGGAGCCAACUUGGAUCGCCAUGGUGAAACAGCGGCAAAGAGGCUUUGGAUCCCACUUUCCUAAAAAAUCCAGGGCCAGGUCUGAAAUUAGGGCUGAGACCAAGGAACCUAGAUAUGAGACGAAAUAUGAUCCGGAGAUGGAGCUUCUGUCAAAGGAAUCUGAAUCCGUAACUGAUGUCACAGCAAAGAUGACUUUUCUUUCCACUAUCUCCAGACAUGAGAUGCCACAGUCAAGGCAGUUUAUAAAAUCAGUUGCAUUUGAUGAUCAGACGAUGCUUCAACCAUACACCAGGGAAAGAGAAACCAGACGAUCUUCAAGUCUUCCACCCAGAUUUAUACAACCUCAGGAACCGGAGUGGUUCUUAAUGGCCAAGAAGAAAGCCCAAGCCUGGAGCCAAAUGGCAGAUCUCAUGCAAUAAAUAGCUCCUGGAUGGGGCUUCAGCAUUUCAGUAAUAGUUGCCAGUAGCUAUGAUAAUUCCAUAUAAUAAUUUUUGCCAGGGCUAGUUUUUAUUAGGGAAAAUAACUUUAGAAAUAGGGAUUAACCAUUUUAAUUUAUUUGAAUGAAAUAAAUGCUAUUAAGGUCUAACCCUCACUAACAUACUACCAACAUCCCCAAACCCAGCAUGUUCUCCAGAAAAGCUCUGCUACAGAACUGUAAAAUCCUUAACUUUCGACAUUGUGCCUUUAAAGAAAGAAAACAACCUUAUUUUGCUUCAGCAACUUAAAGAUUGCCAUUCCUUUCAACCAAAUAAUUUGAUUGGAAAGAUUCAGGUGAGUUAGCCCAGGGCAUGGAUGUACUUUCCACCAGGCAGGUGGCAAGUUCACUAGUUAGACUGCGUGUCUACUGCCUCUGGAGAGUGACUUUCCUCUCUGGCUCCAAGAUGAGGGCAGAGAACUCUGUGUAACUCAGAGUCUUAGUUAAUUUUCCUGUUGCUGUAAUAAAUUCUCUGAUAAAAUCAACCUAAUGAAGAAAGGGCUUAUUUUGGCAGAAUUCGAAUACAUAGUCCAUCACUACAAGGGAAUUCCUGGAAACAGGAACUUGAGGAAGUUAGUCACAUUGCUUUUCCAGGCAAGAGAUGGGAAGUAAUGAUUUCUAGUCCUCAACUCACUUCUGCCAUUCAUAUACAUAGUCCAGGAUCCAAGUGUAGGGAAUAGUGUCACCUAUGGUGGGUGGGGUUUCCCUACCUUAGUUAACCUUUAUGUUUAUAAAUUCUCCACAUUUAUUCUACUCUCAAUUCUAGCAAACAUUAUGAGAAAGCCACCUUUAGAUGCUUUAAGAGUAAACCUAGGAUCAUUUUCCUAGAUCCACAGGGCAUCUACUUCUGUCCCUUGGUGUUCGUUUAAACAGAAAUGCAGCCUUGAACAUCUAUGUUGGAUGCUUCUACAUUCGAAACCAAGUUUAGAGAGGCAAUGAGGUUCUAUAGCCAGCUUAAAUAGCUGUGCUGGUUUUUUUCUUAUAAUGGUAUAAUGAGACACUGUACAACAACAUGCUGGACGUUUUUCACUUAAUCUAUAAAGCACCUCUUUAUUUUGAUCCUCUAGACUUGCCCUUUUGGUACAUUUUGAUUGAUUAGAUUUCAUUCCACUUUUAUUACCAUAGUGAAUAGUUUAAAUCAAUGCCCUUAACCUAGGUAAUUCCAGUAUAUCAGCUCUAACACUUCCCUUCCCAACUUUUUGCCUAUCCCUCAUUCUCACUUUGAGAACUCCCCAUUAAUAUUUCUCCCACUACUAAGAAAACUCAGUUUUUCAUCAUAAGGUUAAGUUUUGUAAUGUCUAACAAUAUAUUCUGAUAAGUUUUCUUUUUUUCUUUUUAGCUUUCUUUGUAUUUUAUCAAUGCAAAGUAAAUAAAGGCAGUAAAGAUC